UCUCUGAUGAUAUAAGACAGAAACACAGCACAAGAGUGGAAGAAAGCUAAUGAAAAUACGAUCCAAAGCAGAAUACUCACAAAUAUAUUCAUCAUUUCCUCUUGGGAAGCACCAUGAUAUUACAGCAUCUCAUGGUCAUUUUUAUCCUAUGGUCUUCCUACACUGUAGGACAAGAGAGGCCAUGUGAUUAUCCAGAAAUUGAAAAUGGAUUCAUUUAUAAGCCAUAUUGGCAGGCUGAGAAAUACUAUCGAAGUUUGUUUCCACAAUCUAUUGGAGAAAUAAUGUACUAUCGUUGUAAUGAAAAUUAUGUGCCUGCUCAAGGAUCCUCCUCAGACUAUUGGACAACAUUUUCAUGUACUGAAGAAGGAUGGUCUCCAGUACCAGAAUGUAUUGAGGAAGUAGGAAAAUGUGGACCACCACCACCUAUUAAUAAUGGAGAUAUCACCUCCUUCGCGUUACAUGAAUAUGCUCCAGGAUCACGAGUGGAGUACAGAUGUCAAAAAUAUUAUGUACUACAGGGUUCCCCAAUUGUGACAUGCAGAAAUGGAUUAUGGACAAAGGAACCAACAUGCCUAGAGACAUGUACAAUAUCAAAAGAAAUGAUGAUGAAAAAUAACAUAGAACUGAAAUGGGUAGAUGCUGAAAAAAUUUAUUCAAAAACAGGAGAAAUGACAGAAUUUGUAUGUAUUCGAGGAUUUCGUAAAGCGCCAAGAUCACCUCCAUUUAGAGCAAGGUGCACAAAAGGAAAUAUCAAUUAUCCCAGAUGUAUAUAAGAGAACUUUGGAAUUUAGCUGCAGAGACAAUGAAGGAGAAAAGCAUCAGAUAUAUCUUGUCACUGAUUGGAAAUGGCAACUGUAACAAAUGUUCAGCCUCAAUCUGCACGAUUUGAUCACUUUCUACUUUGAGAUAAAUGUUUUGAUUUGGUUGUAUUUUCACAGCUUGGUCCAUCAUUCAUUUUGACUUAAAAAUGUUCAACUUUAACCUGCAAAAGCUAAAGCAUGAAAUAGUUAAUAAAAAGUCAUUUUGUACCAAUAAAACCUUUACUAUAAGGAAA